AUGUUAGAUAGUUUGGAACAGUAUGCCUUAGAUCUUGGGCAGUUGUGUGAGGACCUGCCCCCUAUCUCGCCGCGGGUGGAUUUACAAGAGGUCCCUUUAGGGACGGGGGAUCUGGUUUAUGGUGCUAGUUUGGACCCGGAUGUGGUCCAGGACAUGUCGGAUGUGACUCCUCGUUUGCAUGUUCGUCCAGUUGUGCAAUCCACACAGAUUGAGUAUGUGAUUAGUCACCACCCGUCGACGGACAACCCGUUGUAUACACAUCGUCCAGGUAAGGGUGUUCAGGAGCAGGUGGUCAGUUAG